AUGCCUAAACACAAUCGGGCGCCUCCCGCGUCCAGCCCGCCAGCCACGCCCCCCCGGACGCGGCAUCGGCAGGGGCAAUCUUCUCCUGCACCGAAUACGGAGCCUUCCACCCAGGAGCCACCGGCGUCAACCCUUCUGCCGCCGCCGAUCCUGGCCAAUGCAACGGUGGUUCUCUCCUCGGACAAGUUGGAAGAUCUUCCGUGUUUCGACCGCGCGAGCAUUGGAGCCGCGCCCUCGGUCAACGCAAACCGGGUAUGGCUCCCCGGCCAGCAGGUAUACCUCGGCAUCCUCCCUCUGGCGGAAGCGGUCGCGCAGCUCGCGCCCCUGGCGACGACCAUCCCGCCACUUCCGAACGCCGAGAAUUUCCACGCUGCUCUGGCCCGCGGCGAGUCGAUCGAGCAUGGGGCAGGAGGGGGUGAUGCCUCGCCAGAGUUCCGCGCGCACCUCGGCAAGCGGGUCGUCGCGGAGUGCGUCGUCCGCCUCGCUCACAGGGCCGGGCUGCUCAAGAAGGGGGAAUGCUGCGUCAUUCUUCCUACGGCGGGCGAGCUUGAGGCAUUCGAGCCUGGAUCGUGGGGUACCAGCGCGGGAGCCCAGGAGGAGGAGCGGCAUCCGCCGUUCCAGGGACUGGAGCGGCAAGCGCCGUCCCACGGACUGGGCAUCGGUGGCAUGCUGCGGCGUUUCAGCUCCUUUACGCUGGAGCAUCCCGAAGGCGUGGCACGAAGAGCUGGGGAUGUGGGCGGCGGGGCAGCACAGGCGGUGGCGGCCCCCGCGCGGAACAGCGAGCAUGAGGAUAUCGUUGCUCUCUCCACCCAGCCGAAAAGCGAAAGCGAGCCCCUCUGUGCGAUGGCGUCGGCGGAUCGUGACGCACUGAUCACCCUGUUUCACGAGACCCGUGGGGCUAAUUGGAGGGAAAAGGGCAACUGGGGCACAAGUGAGGUGCUGGGGACAUGGUACGGGGUGGACGUGAACGCAGAAGGCCGCGUGGUUAAGUUGUCGUUGUACAACAACAACCUCCAAGGGCUUCUACCGCCGGAGCUAGGCAAGCUUGGCGCUUUGGAACAUCUGGCUCUUGAUGCGAACUGGCUGAGCGGGCACAUCCCCGAGGUGUUGGGAAAUCUCAGCAACCUUAAGGUGCUUUCGCUGCACAACAACGGACUAAAAGGAUUCAUUCCGAAGCAGCUGGGAGCCCUCACCAAGCUGGAGAAGCUGCUGCUGUACAACAAUAAGCUAUCGGGUAAGAUGCAGUGA